UCAGGGUGCUGGGAGUGGCUGGCCUCUGGGCUUCUGAGUGGCCAAGGGAUGGAGGAGGGGGUGGAAGAAAGGGAGAGGGAGAAAAAGAAAAAAUGAGUAUGAGUCAGCCAAGGAUGGAGCCCAAAUCAGAGAGAGAGAAUGAGGGGAAUGUGUGUGACAGGCAGGCGACAACAAGAGAGGGACACAGGGACAGAUACAGUCAGGGAACAGGGAGAGGAAGGAAGUGAGAGUCCUAGAUGGUCAGAAGAGUGCGGAGAGUGCUGGGGAAGGAGGCUCAGAAAUUAGGGAGGAUGAAAGCAGGAUGGAGGUGAGACCACUGGGAGUUAGGGGAAACAUGCUGAAUAUGUAUGUUUUGUUUCCCUAUGUGUCUGGCCUCCAGGCUGUCAGAGCGAUUAGCUUUAAUUGCUCUUCCCUUUGUGGUUAAACACUCCAUUGGGGAAAUUGCCAGAGAUGCCCUAGGCUGCUGGCUGCCCUGGUUGCCUACUUCCUUACUUCCCUGACACUUGUGCCCAUCGUGUGUGCAUGUAUUGUCAUGCAUGUAUAGGACCAGAGUUACACCCUGCCAUGCCAUCCCAUCCCAUCACUCUCUUAAUACAGCAUCACCCACUGUGCAGUGGUAGACAUCACUAACCUGUGUGCGAACUUAUUUUCUUUAUAGCAGGGACACUCCUUCCUAGUAUAGCUAUAAUAGUACAGUAGCUCUGUGUAUUGAAAUAAGGACACCAAGUCACAGAACCCAGGAAUACUAAGGUAUUCUUGGCUACCACCAGGUAGGAUAGGAUGAAAGCCCAUUUGAAGACCAGGAACAGAGGUAAUAGAUGAGGAAGAGAUAGAGAUGGGAGAGAAAUACAAGUAGAAAGAGAUAGAACCAGAUGAUUAGAGAAUAGCACAGCCCUACUCCCUCUCUCCUGCCCUGCUCUAUCCAAUGCCUGGUAUCUCCUCUUGCUCUCAUCUUGGGUCCAGUCUUUCUUCUCUUAGACUCAGGGCUAGAAGCUUAACAUUGUCUCUGUACUCAGGGGUAACCCAUUUUGCUUCUUGCACUGAACAUUUGGAGGUCCAGGUGUCCUACCCCAACCCCUCAUUCCCAGGCUGGCUCUGGAAUCUUAGAAUCCUCUUCUUCCUACUUUAUAGAUAUAAAUGCAUCCCCUGCCCCCCACAAAAAGUUGAAUAGAAGCUAAGGGGAGAGGUCAGCUGUGUAUGAGUGUAAAGGGAUAAUUAGAGAUGGACUACAGGACUCCUGAAUUUGGGGCCCAGAUCAAACUUAACCCGGCACUUUCCUGCCCCAUCCCUCUGCUUUGCUGUGAUUACCACCCUCUCAAGCCCAGGCUGUAAGACAGACAGACCUGAGUGCCUACAAGCCCCCUUCUGCCUGCUGCAGGGAUCUCCAGGUCCUUGCAGUUCCCCUCAGCUUAGGCAGCUGCAGCAGAUGUGAGGGAGGGAGGGGUAGCAGCUCCUAAUCCUAAGGCUUCUUAAAUUGACGAGGAUUUGGAACCAAAUGCUAGGGAGUGGGGAUAAUCAUGAAUUAAUGUCCAAAUGCAUAGAAGUUCUUUUGGUGCUGCCACCUCCCCCAUAGGUUACCCCAAUUUGCCAGACUUCUCCAGGUGCCCCCAGGGCCUGCCUCUCCAUCCCCAGUGCCCACGGAGCACCCACCGGUCAUGUUCCCAACCACUGCCAUCCUAGAAGCUCAGAAUAUAAUCCUUAGCUCUUGCCCCUCUUCCUCAGCAUCCUCAGUUGGUUUGACUUUUGUUAGGGCCCCACCUGGAGCCAGCUCAGGAGGAGAGGGAGGCAGGAAGGAAGGUGUGAGGAAGCCGUGAGCAGAGCACAGAAUGAUCUGGGAGGGAAGGGGACUGACUUCCUGGCAGCCUCAGCUCCGGUUCCCGGUUCCUGCCUGAGUAUCCUGUCCCAAGAAUGGCCUCCACCCAGGCCGCCUGGUGUUGCCUGGGCAGCCUCUGCCCUGUUCCAGAGAUCAGGAGGACUUUCUGAGCUAUGGGGACAGGAGAAUUCUCUAUAGGCCCUAUGGAAUUCUGAAUCUUGGGUGAGAAAAGCAACAUGGAGAGUGAAGGAGCCAAGCUUCUGCCAAGGCGCACCCAUCAUGGCCAGACUACAACUGAAUAAUGGUUGACCAGGGAAACUUGAGAACCAAUCAUGGCCGAGUACGGGACCCUCCUCCAGGACCUGACCAACAACAUUACCCUUGAAGAUCUGGAGCAGCUCAAGUCAGCCUGCAAGGAGGACAUCCCCAGUGAGAAGAGUGAGGAGAUCACUACUGGCAGUGCCUGGUUCAGCUUCCUGGAGAGCCACAACAAGCUGGACAAAGACAACCUUUCUUAUAUCGAGCACAUCUUUGAGAUCUCCCGCCGUCCUGACCUCCUCACUAUGGUGGUUGACUACAGAACCCGUGUUCUGAAGAUCUCUGAGGAAGAUGAGCUGGACACCAAGCUAACCCGUAUCCCCAGUGCCAAGAAGUACAAAGACAUUAUCCGGCAGCCCUCUGAGGAAGAGAUCAUCAAAUUGGCUCCUCCACCGAAGAAAGCCUGAGCAAAGGGGAGGAAGAGGAAGGUUGGACCUUCAUCAGACCACUCUUUCCCCAUCCUCCAGGGGAGGGGCAAGGGCAGCCCUCCCCCAUCUUCCCACUUACUAACCUGGUCCUAACCCCCUUACUGUGCGCGUGUGUGUGCCUGUGCGCACGCUCUGGCUGUCUGUCUAUAUGUCUAGCUCAUCUAGUUCCUCCUCCUUGUGAGGGGAUGGGGGUCAGGGGCUGGGGGUGGUGGUGGGGCUGUUUCCCCACUCUAGGGGGAGUUGGGGGCUAUUUCUAUGCAAAUAGAAAUAGACACAUUCUCUUACUUCCCUUUCCUCCACUCUUCCCCUACCUCCCUGAAGUGUGGGAGCAGAAAGGACCUGUGUUUUCCGAGGUUGAGGAGGCGAGGCGGGAGUGAGGCAUGGGAGAGUGGGGUGAAUCUAACGAAAAGCAGUGAGGGGGAAGAUGAAGAGGCCACCCAACCCCCACCUGGAAGGGGCAAAGAGAAGCCAGAGUGUGUGUUUGUACCCCAAUGCUGGACUGGCUGAGGAGUCCUGUUUCCAACUGUUCCUCAGGUUAGAGGGCCUGGGCACCAGCAGGUCCCCUUUUGCUCCCCUUUCAUAGGCCUAGGGUGGGUAUGAGCCAGGGACCUAGAGAUCGGUCACUGGAUCCUUCCCUGGCCCCAAAGUUCAAACCCCACGGAGAACCCAGUGCUGAAUUCCGCCCUCAUCCCCCACCUCUGGAGAGACUAUGCUGGGAACAUGCCCCCACCACUGAGCCUGAGGGGAUGAAGGCAGAGGAGUCCCCUUUUCUACUCCUUUAUUCAUACUCAGACUGUUGCACAUACUAACCUUGGGAGUUCCUAGAAUAGAAAUCCUUAGGUUUUAAUUCCAGUCCUGUUUCCACCUACAGAGUCCCAACGUGGUUAUUGCAGGCAACGUUCCCUCUCUCCGUGGUCUAGAAGCCCCUACCCCAAGAUAGAAAGAAGGGAAGAAGCUAACUACAGUGUUUCCGUUGCACUGAUCCCCAAUUCAGUCCAGGAGGGGGCUUGGUAACCCCUCUCCCUCAAUAUCCUGGCACCUUGGGCUUGUGAACACCUCCUAGCCAAAUCACUAGAGUACAGUGACCGCAGCCUCCUGCCUGUCCCAAGUCAGCCCUCCCCACCCUGACCGUGCUAACUGUGUGUACAUAUAUAUUCUACAUAUAUGUAUAUUAAACCCGCACUGCCAUGUGUACCCUUUUUUGUGGUGUCUAGCAUUAACUUAUUGUCAAGGCCCGGGCGGGGGUGGAAGGAGAAUGCCACAGUGAAGGGAGUGGCAGAGUCAAAUUGCUAUAUAGUCGAAAAAGAACACUUUUUUAAACUUUAAUUUCACAUGCAAUCUCAAGAGACUAUUUAGAGAGUUUUAGUGAGGUGGGGAGCUUUUAGGAUGUUGGAAGCAAAACUUCAGUGGGAGGGAAGGGCUGGCUGUUGGAAGAGGGAAGAAGCCAGACUGGCUGGAGAGCACCCUCUACUAGCCUAGCCCAGCCCAGCCCAGCCCAGCCUGUCCUCUCUGGCCACUGCUGCGGACACCUGCCUUAAAACAUACACCUUGAGUACUCCAUGGUUUUGCCUUAAAGGACCUUCCCAAGUUUCCCCAGCCCUGUCUGGCUUUCUCCCUCAAGGAUAGAGAGAUGCUGGUAGAAUUAGGAGGUGGAAAAUGAGCAUGAAUUGUCCUUCCAAGCCAGGAUAUGUUAUGUGAGAUGGAGUCUGAGAAAGAGAGAGAGAGAGAAAUAGGGAAUAAAGAGGCUCUUCAAAGCGAGGCUUCCUUUGAAGAGAGGAGAGGAUGAGAUGAGAGAAGGGAGACAGGGUUCAUUUUCAGCGGAGUAUAGUAAAUGUCUCUGUAAGGCAAAAUAAUCUAAAAAGACUAACCUGCCCUCCCAUCCCAAUACUGCUGUGAGAUCGCCCCAUUUUGUGCUCCUCUGUCUGCAGUGUGCACGGCCUUGUUCUAACCCUGGAAUAAAGGUGAUUGAUUGUACUGUA